CAGAGCAUCUCAUGGCAAAAUAGAAAAAAUGUAACAAAAGUAGCACCGUAGUCGAUCGUACGUCCAAGCGAGAGCUACCGCUAGCUACCUCGAUGAAGCAAACGCGCGCCAUAUGAAGCUGGCUACUGCUCGAUAUUGUAAGUGAGAGUGAGAAACCAGUCUGCCAUGAGAGUGUCCCUUCGUUCCACUUCCAUUUCCACCCGAGCGUCCACGUCGUGGCGGGUAUCCAACCCGUUGCGGGUAACCCCUCAACCUCUUCUCCUGCAUACUAUAUACUCACCUGCUUGAUUCUCCGCUUCUAGUUCUCAUCGGAGCCCCAAUCAAUCGAACCUCGCCAGUCGCCACAACGGCUUAACGCACGCCACCCCCACAGAUGGACGCCGACGCCGCCUCCCUGUCAGACCAGCACAGGACGGUGUGGACGGAGCCGCCGAAGAGGCCGGCGGGGAGGAUCAAGUACAAGGAGACGCGCCACCCGCUGUACCGCGGCGUGCGGCGUCGGGGGCGGUACGGGCGGUGGGUGUGCGAGGUACGCGUGCGCGGCAGCAAAGAGACAAGGCUCUGGCUCGGCACCUUCCGCACCGCCGAGAUGGCGGCGCGAGCGCACGACUCCGCCUCCCUCGCUCUCUCCGGAAGCGCCGCCUGCCUCAACUUCGCCGAUUCCGCCUGGCGUAUGCUGCCCGUCCUCGCCGCUGGGUCUUCCAGCUUCAGCAGCGCGCGGGAGAUCAAGGACGCCGUCGCCGUCGCUGUCGUGGCGUUCCAGCGGCAGCGACCCGUCGCGUCGACGGCCGACGGCGAGAAGGACGUCCAAGGCUCGCCGACGCCGAGCGAGCUGUCCACGUCCAGCGACUUGCUGGACGAGCACUGGUUUGGCGGCACGAAUGCCGGAUCAUACUACUCGCCGGGCAUGUUCAUGGAGUCGCCGGAGCAGCCUGAAAACCACGAGCUCGGUGGCGGCGACGUCAAGACGCCGCUAUGGUAAAGUUUAUAGUUGGUUCUAUACUUCUGUCCCACCAGAUAUGGGAAGAAACAGAGGGGAAUAUUUUCCCUCAUAUGGUCAUGUGUGUUCGUUCAUAUUGAAAGCCUCCGGUUUCUACUUUGAGGAAGGGCAUAUUUGCACUUGCGUGUUCUGUGAAUAAAGAAUACAGUAGUAAUA